AUGGCUCUCGAGACGUAUGGAGUGAUUAAUGAUCACUGCUUUUAUGCAUCCGAUGACGCGGCUAUUCUUUUCGCGAGUGAAUGUCUCGAUGAGGCGCUGAAACCGUACCACAGCAUUCUGACGGUGAAAUUCGAGCUGUUACCGGCGCGAGCUCGUCAAUUGUUGCAAUCGCUUCGACCCGACGAUGCGCCCGAUGUGCAAAUAGUCAUUCAACCGUGCAUGGCCUCGGCGGCUCGCUUCACUCUCGGUGACGCGCUGGACAAUGUGAAGAGAGGAGGCGAUGAUCGACCAUUGCGACAAUUUCUCGAAUUGCUCACUUCACAAGGAGGCAUUAAUAACGGCAAGUACACCUUUUUCGGCAAUGGAAAAGCUUUCGCCAAUAAAGAGGGUGAAAGAAGAUCAAUUCCAGGGACAGGACAUGAACGGAGAGACGGCAUUACAAAGGGUCAACGCUUCAUCGAGGGCGAGGAAAGGUGCGGUCUCGUUGCCGCUCUUGUGCUUGAUGCAAAAGUCGGCACAUUCUACCAGAGCAAAUGCGUGAUUGACACAGUGAUGGAGAUCAACGAAUGGAUGAAGCCACAAGAUGUUUUUUGGGAUCGAAAUGCGUUGAAGAGAACAAACGAGUAUUUACAGGGUGUCCGCGUUCGAAUCGAUCACCAAGGAAUGGACCGGGGAACGUUCAAAUGCUCGGGAUUGGCUUUAACGGAUGAAACGAUAUUCAUCGAUGCUGAGAACUACAUUGAGAAAACGGCGACAACGAUGGCUGCGUCGUGGAAAGAAAGAGGGAAACCGCUCAGAUACCCAAAAUGGCCUCUUGUCAUCCAAACGCUUCCACAACAUUUGAAGGGUCAAGCGCAGAAUGUGAUGCAUGCAAUGGAGCAUCUGAUCAUCUGUGAGAAUCAACGUGUCCCCAAGCACAAGGCACUUGCUUUACCGGAGAAAGCCACGAAGCCGGAUUUGCGUUUCCGGGAUAUUGACAAACACUUGAAUGCGCUCGAUUUAGCUGCCGAUCCGAAGAGGAUUUUGCAGAGUUUCGGUUUAAAACUGAAUCCCAAACCGAUCGAGGUGAUCGCUUUUCGGCGAAAACCUCCCACAGUGCUCUAUCAACGACAAAAUGCGAUUGUUGACGAGAAAAAGGCUUCGUGGAUGUCAAAGAGAAAUCGUUACGCGAUCGCUUCCCGAAUCGGUUUUGUUUCGAUUUGUUGGUGUCCGGAGAGGGAAAUGCAGAAAGGAAUCACGAAAGAGAUGGCAAAAGAGCUCACACAGAAGCUGACGCAAGAAGCACCAUUGAAAGGAAUCAUUUUUGAUAAGAUCGAACUCAGCUCCGAUCCGGUCAAUCUGCGAAAUGUUUUCGGGAAAUCCGACCAGCCCGGUGAUGCCAUUUUUCAUAGGGCAAAACAGUGGCAAGAUCGCGCGAACACAGUAAAAACUGGAGAAAAGAUGGAGCGACGCUUGGCAAUGAUCAUUUACAUUGACAGCAACGAGGUGGACUCGCAUCGGACGCUGAAAUUGGCGGAAACACGUUUUCAAGUGAUCACACAACACAUCAACACAAGGACGAUCAAAACCGCGACGAGUUCCACAAUCGAGAACCUCUUGGCAAAGCUGAACAUGAAGACGGGAGGGUUGAAUCACCACGUGAAUCCACAGAUUGCCGCAAAGCUUCUCUGGGAGGCUCGGACAUUGAUUAUUGGUAUGGAUGUAGCACAUCCAACUGGUGGAAUCACCGUACAAGACAGAGCACUCGGCAACUUCAAUAGAGAACCGUCUGUUGUUGGGUUCUCAGCCAAUUGCACGGCGAAUCGUGAGGCGUUUAUCGGCGAUUUUUGCUUUCAUGUGCCAAAACGGGAAAAGAUCGAUGACCUGAUUCUAAACGAGCGUUUGAAAUGGAUUCUUACAAUGUGGCAAGCGAAAAGGAGCGAACAAUUGCCGGAAACGAUUUUUAUUUUACGAGAUGGUGUCAGCGAUGGACAAUAUGAUAUGGUGGUUCGUGAUGAAGUCGGAGCUCUGCGAGAGGCAUGUGAUGAGUAUCUUCACGGGUAUAACCCGAAAUUCGUCGUUAUCAUAUGCACGAAACGGCAUAAUAAGAGAUUCGCCAAAAUCGAGAAAUCGGCUCAGAAUUGGGCAAUCAGCAAUCCGGACGCGUUAACAGUUGUCGAUCGGAAUGUCGUGCGAACGGAUUUGACCGAGAUUUUCAUACAAAGCCACCAUCCACCACUGGGAACAGCGAAACCGACCGAGUACGAGGUUUUGUUAUCGGAUUUGUCACCGAAAGAGUUCACGCAGAAUGUUAUCCAAGAUUUCAUUCUUGCACUCUGUUUUGGACAUCAAAUAAGCGGCCGAUCGAUCUCGAUCCCAGAACCCGUUUUCCAGGCGGAUGAAUGGGCGAAACGGGGAGCCGAUUUGUGGAAAGCGUAUCAAAACCAUCCUUUCCCUAUUCCCUACAAGCAGUCAGCCGAUCCAGCCAAAGCAAAUGAAAAAUACAAAGAAAUCGACUGGAGUGUGAUGACGACGAGGCUCUCGUAUUUGGGAAAAGAAUUGGAUGGGCUGAGAGUGAAUGCA